GAGAGAGAGAGAGAGAAGGAGAAGGAGAAAGCAGGAGAAAGCAGGAGAAAGCAGCCGGACAUCUCUGGGGGACUCGACCGAGCUAGACGGUAAUAUUCUCCGCCCUGCGCGACCUUUAUCGAAAGGCGCAGCGUGUGUAAUGACAUUUAUACCCCCAAGUUUGCAUAGUUUUGACGAGGAGCGACCUGGUUCGCCGGUGGGACGAGGCUGAACGUGCCGGCCCGGGGCAGCUGUCAGUUAAAAGCAAGACAAAGCCAAACCUGAGCCCACAUCGCACUCAGCAAGCUAAUGAGAUGCUCAGAAACAACCUGACAGGUGACUUUAAGCAUUCAGACAAACCAGUGUCUUAGGACACACUCCACUCAUCAUCACUGAGCGGCCCAUGCACAUGCACGACACCAUGGGUAGCUCCCCCGAAGUGCUGUCGUGGACUUCCUGCCCCAGUCUGCUGGUGGGCAAGCUGAAGGAGGAGCUCAAACUCACGGUGGUUGGGGACGCAAUGAAGAAAUCAAACUCACCCAGCUCCCAACCCCAGCCUCCUCAGGCUCCUCCUUCUAAUUUAACUCCUCAGAUUAUCACAGACCUGGCCCCGCCAACACACUUGCCUGUUCCCCUGCAGACGCUGCAAACACCCGGCCAGGAUGAGGACUCAGUGCUGGGGGGUAUAAGCCCCCCAAACACGGCCUUGAGCGUGGACUCGAUGCGGAGUGAGGGUGGGCACUUUGACAACAGCGUGCUCCAGCUGCAGGAGCAGGACCAUGAAGAAGCUGGGUCGCCGGCGUCCUGUGAGCACGGCGGGUGUGGCAGUGGAAUGGAGGAGCAGAUGGGAGAAGGGGAGUGUCCCAUGGACCAUGGUGGAGAGGGGAGACAGAGCCACCCACAUCACCCUGACGACAUCAAGCUGCACUUCCAGAGAGCAGGGCCUGGGUCGGGGGGCUUCUUAGAAGGGCUGUUUGGCUGUCUUCGGCCAGUCUGGAACAUCAUCGGGAAGACAUACUCGACAGAAUACAAGCUACAACAGCAAGACAUGUGGGAGGUUCCGUUUGAGGAGAUUUCGGAGCUUCAGUGGCUGGGCAGCGGUGCACAGGGAGCUGUGUUCUUGGGCAAAUUCCGUUCCGAGGAGGUGGCCAUCAAGAAGGUGCGCGAGCAGAAGGAGACCGACAUUAAACACCUGCGAAAACUAAAGCAUCCCAACAUCAUCAGCUUUAAGGGCGUGUGCACUCAGGCGCCGUGCUACUGCAUCAUCAUGGAGUACUGUGCCCAAGGCCAGCUGUACGAGGUGCUGAGGGCGGGGAGGAAAGUGACCCCCAGGCUGCUGGUGGACUGGGCCUCAGGCAUCGCCAGCGGCAUGAACUACCUACACCUGCACAAGAUCAUCCACAGAGAUCUUAAGUCUCCCAAUGUCUUGGUCACCCACAACGACACCGUGAAAAUCUCUGACUUUGGAACGUCCAAAGAGCUCAGUGACAAAAGUACAAAGAUGUCAUUUGCGGGUACGGUGGCCUGGAUGGCACCAGAAGUGAUAAGAAAUGAGCCUGUGUCUGAGAAGGUAGACAUCUGGUCAUUUGGAGUUGUGUUGUGGGAACUACUGACUGGAGAGAUUCCCUACAAAGAUGUAGACUCCUCAGCCAUCAUUUGGGGUGUGGGCAGCAACAGUCUUCACCUUCCUGUCCCCUCCACCUGCCCAGAUGGCUUCAAAAUCCUCAUGAAACAAACUUGGCAAGGCAAGCCCAGGAAUAGGCCUUCGUUUCGUCAGAUUCUCCUACAUCUUGACAUUGCCUCUGCAGAUGUCCUUGGAGCUCCUCAGGAGACCUAUUUCAAGUCUCAGGCAGAAUGGAGGGAGGAAGUGAAGAAACAUUUUGAAAAGAUCAAAAGUGAAGGCACCUGCAUCCACAGGCUGGACGAGGAGCUGAUCCGACGCAGGAGAGAUGAACUCAGGCAUGCACUGGACAUCCGGGAGCACUAUGAGAGGAAAUUGGAGAGAGCCAACAAUCUCUACAUGGAGCUCAGUGCCAUCAUGCUGCAGCUAGAGGUCCGGGAGAAGGAACUAAUGAAUCAUACAACUCCAAAGAAAUUCUGCCAUCCCUGCAGGAGAGAGCAGGCAGUGGAAAAGAAAUAUCCUGGGACCUACAAGCGGCACCUGGUCCGACCCAUCGUCAGGUCCAACGCUGUAGAGAAGCUCAUCAAGAAGAAAGGAAGCAUUUCCCACAAACCUGGGAUGCCCCAAACCAAAAGGCCAGACUUGCUUCGCUCUGAUGGCAUCCCGAGUGUUGACCCUCUCCUCUCCCCCUCACCACUAUCUGCCAGCCCGAAGGUCUCCACGCCUCCUGGUAAAGCCCGCUACCGAAGCAAGCCUCGUCACCGCCGCGCAAACAGCAAAGGAAGCCACAGCGAGUUCCCUGGUGUGCUGAAGCCUGUUGCUGGGGCUCCAGAAGACACCCAGUCUCUCCAGGAGCAGCCGUUCCACCACAGCCACCACCAUCACCAUCACCACCACCACCGCCUACCAAAUGAGGGGCCCUUUCUCCCCUUGAAGGGCCGUGAGGAGGCCGUUGUCAACUGUGCCAACAACCUGCGCUACUUUGGCCCCGCCGCUGCCCUCCGUAGCCCUCAGACAGACCACCUUCAGCGCCACGUUUCCGGCUCCAGCCCCGACCUCAUUUCCACUGCAGUGGAUGCAGACACCCGACAGCGGACUUCAUCCACCAGCUCCAAUCCUGUCCCGGGUGCUGCCGCUGGUCCUUUGUGCCCCUGCUGCCAGGCACACCCGUUCCCUGGUUGCCUACACUGUCAAGACACCCUGCCUGCGUCCAGCCAACCAGAGCUACCCCACUACUCGCUGCUCAGUACCCAAGAAGGGAUCCAGUCUUCUUUAGGGGUGUCCAGCAAAGAUUCAACCUCGGAUGGAGAGUCCACAAAGAAGGCGGAGCCACAGGAGCAGGAGGCAUCCCAGCACACACGCACCCUGCCCACUGCACUGCCCCACACUAUCAGACCACUCAGGAAGGGUGGAGAUGAGUCAUCUGAAGAAGAAGAGGGAGAAGUGGAUAGUGAAGUGGAGUUUCCAAGGAGACAGAGACCUCAUCGCUGUAUGAGCAGCUUCCAGUCCUACUCCACCUUCAGCUCAGAGAACCUGUCGGUGUCCGACGGAGAGGAGGGAAACACCAGCGACCAUUCCCACAGCGGACCCCUGGAGAGGCUGAGCGCCAGUCAGGAGGAGCACCUGGACGAGCUGCUGUCGCACACACCAGACAUCCCCAUCGACAUCUCCACCCAGUCAGACGGCCUCUCUGACAAGGAGUGCGCUGUCCGCAGGGUCAAGACCCAGAUCUCCUUGGGGAAACUGUGCUCCGAUGAACACAGCUAUGAGAAUCCACUACAGUUUGGAGACUCGGACUGUGAAUCGUCAGAAGCAGAGUGCUCCGAUGCCACCAUUAGAAACAACAAAGUCGGGGCACCUUCAUCGUGGUGAAAUCCCGCCCGCCCCAGGGCUCAGUUCUGUUUUUGCCUGGAGGCCAUUGCGUCCCACUCUGCCCUGCAGAAAAUACAGCAAUAAGAGGACAACAUUGUAAACAUAGCUCCCUAUAGCAAAGCCCCAUGCAAUCUCUCCCAGAGCCUCCCCCAACCCUCCCCUUCAUGAGUCCCACUCCCCCUCAUUUCUAGCACAGCACCCAGGCAACCAUGGCAGGGAUUCCCUUUUGAAUGAUAAUGUACAGUAGAUAGUGUAACACUCAUAAUUUAUUUUUGUCUGAGUUUUGAAGGAAAAUUCAGGACCUCUGUAUGUUCUCUGAUCCGAGCAGAGAAAAAAACUGACAUUUUGAAACUGAGCAUGGGCUAACUGUGUGUUAGGGAGAGACUGUGACUGGAUGAAGAUGCAGACGAUGAUGAUGAUGAUGAGAAGGAUCCCGCGCUGAAGUGCUGAUCUAUCUGGGGCUGACAGCUGCGGGAAGUUGGUCUCUCAGGUGACUGAUGCAGACAAGGAGAGUCACUACGAGCCUUUUGAUCUGGCUGAAAUCGCUCUCAGCAUCUUACUGUUUUAGACCCAAAACCCAAACCUACAAGCCCUCUCUCUCUUACUACAGUUGGACCAACCUGCUUUAUCGUGAAUUUACAGUGCAGAGCCCCAGUACCCAGCCUCCUCCACUUCCAUCCCACCCCCAACGGGGAACAGGGAGCUCACGGAAACAGUGUGAACACCAGCAUGAAACAACCUGCCUCGCAACCGGACUUUCUCAUUCCCUAAAACCACACGUGUCUAGUCAUCGGGACCCCUCCCCCACCGAACUGUCCGAGCAUGUCUGUGCAGCUCGCGAAAUGCCAAAGCUGCCGGAAGACUGCAUGAGGUGGACAAGCUAGCAGAGCAACAGAGACGAAGACUCACCUGACAGCUGACGAAAACUUAAAAAAAAAACAAAACAAGAGGCUCUUCCUCUCUGACCCUGCUCGUACUUCUCUCUAAGACACGCCAACGUCAUCGCCAUCAUCAAUCAGAUGUCAUGACCAGAGUAACUGAGGGAGUUAUCAGUGUGUGUAUGUGUGUGAACACAAAGCCCUUUCCUCUCCAUGAGACAUUACAGUUUCAAGUCUCAUCUCAGGAUUGUUUGAGGACUGUGACCAAUUAUUGUAUGUAGGAAUGUUCUUUGAGCGGCACAUGUUAUGGACCAUGCGGGAAUAUUUAAAAAGGUCUUACAGAUAGCCUUGAUGUUCAACCCUUUAUUGCUGGACAUUAAUGUUAUAUAGACACGUAGGGAGUUUUAGUUGCAAUCCAGGUGCAGUAUCCCAUUUCUUGAAAUCACUAGGUGCAGCAUCUCCCAUGUACCAUUUUCUAGCAGGGUAAUUUAUACUGUCUGAAAUGUAAUGUCCAAAAAUUCUAAUUAUUUUUUGUGCUGUAGUGAAUAAAACAGCAAUAACAUAGGUUGGCACUCAGGUGAGAAAGAAGUUGCUUGCUCAGGAUCUGGGGCGUCUAGCUGGCUAGACACAACACAGUGACUGGUGGCUAGAAGGGAGCAUUAAGUGUCAAACAGCUUAUUAUAGAUGCUAUAUUUUUAAAUUGUCCCAUUUUUGUGAAUUCGCCUUUCCAGGGCUCGGCGCUCAGGUUUUAUGUCGGUGAUUGAGAGCAGGAGUGAUGCAUCAACAGCCACUAGAUGGCGACACUUACAGUGACUUACUUUGCCUUGUCUUAUGUAAAUGUCCUGACUCCAUUCCUUUUGUCUACCCAAGGUCAUUUAUCCCAUGUUUCCUGUGACCAUCCAAAUCCCAGAAUGCCAGCAAUAUUACUUUUUUGUCCUGUCAUCUUUGAAAAGGGAUACUGCAUCUGUGGGGGCUUCAUUUUUAUCCAUGUUUGAGUGUUUGUCAAUUAUUUUUGCGGUUGAAAAAUAGCCAGCCAGGGUUGAAUUUUAACGAUAAUGAUGUCAAGAUGUCAGCUCAAGUGUAUGCAGACGGCUGAGAUUCUACAUAAGGAAUACAAGCCAGAGACAAGGCCACAGAGCAAUUAAGCUGCUCUUGGUUUUCAACAACCUCAUCUCAGUGUUAGUUACUCCUGUAUAUAAACAUCUGUAAAUGUAAUGUGACCUGUUUUUGUCCUCUGUCUUUAACGUCUCGCACAGCUCUGACAGAGCCUUGAGCCUCUGUCACUGACGACCAGCCAAGGGGUUGAAAAUGAGCAGGAAAUUCUUUAAUCUGUAUCACAUCAGUAUUGAACACUGCAGGAGGAUGUGAGUCAUGCAAACCGAGUAGCACAAGGUGAAUCUAAAAGUGUAUUGAUGGAUAAUUUACCUUUUUUGCUUGAAAGCUUUGGAAAGGCUCAAAUCUGGUACUGAAAAACGGCUGCUGCCUUUCCCCGAGCCUCCUACUACAACCUUCUUCACUCUGUUUACGUUUGUGUGAAAUAACUAGUGUGUUGUCAUGACUGGGUAAUCCGAUCAAGCUGUUAAUAACAUUGUCUUUCUGGCAUAUAUCCUGUGAAGUAUGAUUGUUGUAAAGGUUUAAUUUAAUUGUGAUUCUUUUUUUUCUUUUUUUCUUUGUAGCUGGCCUACAUGAUUACUGAAUUAAUUUAUUACGAAUAACUGGUAAGGUGCAGUGUUCUUUUUAAUUUCAGGCAGCUUUAGAAAUGUUGUUACCUAUGAUUUCUCCUGAAAAGUAUUAUUUGAAGGAAGCACAAUGAAAUGGUAUGGGAAGAGGACAGUAUUUGUGUGUGAGAACAAAAGCAUUGUCAUAUCAUUGACUCUGCAGGGGACCAUUCAUCAUUUAGAUCAUCACUACAGAUGAAGUAUUGAUUUUGCAGACUUUGCAUCAGUAAUUGGAAACAAGUGUUCCUGAAUCUUUUUUUUUUUUUUUUUUUUUUUUUUUCUCGACAUAGGUUAUAAGGAAUCACUCCUGUUUCCAACCAAAAGCCAGUCAAGUGACUGUCACAACAGGGUAAUUAAGACUUUAAGCCUGGAGGCAGUUGUGAUGCCGAUUUCUGUACAUCUGCAGUGAUCCCUUCCUCUCAUUUUUAAUCACAAUACCAGUUACUUACAUCUGAAUUUCAGUGAAAUCGUCUCUAACUGUGGACAUCAUGUCGCCUCAUCCCAUGUAUCAAACAUUUGCUUCUUUGUUACUCUCAUUUCCAACUCCCUUUCCUGUUGAAUGGCAUUACGAUCAACCAAUUCUGUCAGUUUUCCUGUAUUAUCCAGUGUACAGUGCAGUGGGUAUCUGGGAGAAUAAAAUCAGAGCAAACAACUGCAUGGAAUAAAUGCUGAUGUACUGUACCCAAAAGCAGUGUGGCCUCACUCUUCUGUGACCAAGAAGAUUAUUGCUGGUUUUUAUCAGCUUUUCUCAUAAUUUAUAUUAAUUGAUGGAUGAGUAGACACAAAAAAACACCUCUAAUUUUUUUCCACAUUAUAUUUAUUCAUUCAACUGUCCAGUGAUAUUUUCAGCAAAUGUUAACUGCCUACAUCUGUCUGCUCUUAAUGUCAGGAAUUUGGUGGAGAAACUCUAAAAACCCUUCAUUUCAACAACAGACACAUUUUAACAUAUUCUCUCUAAAAAUAUCAGAAUUAGACAUGAAAACUCUGAGUUACAAGGCUGUUAAUGUAUAUGUGAAAAAAUCUAUUAAUUUAUAUUACCAGUUUAUGUAUACAUUUAUUUUACUGUGUAUACUGAGUAUCUUUUGUACAAAAACAACCUUUGGGAUGAGUAAAGUUCUACCUUAUCUCAUCUUACAAUAAGCUCAAAUAUAGUCACUUCACUGGCCUAAUUAUAAUUAUUAAGACAAAUGUAAACCAAAUAAAGAAAUGAGAAUACCCAAAUAUUAACUACCAGCUGUCACGUACA